AUGAGCGACUUCAACAGCGAUAUGACGCCCUCCGACAGUGGAAGUAGCUUCUGGGGCGCGAACGCGUCGAAUUCGGGAUCCAGCGUUACGCCUGCAUCCUCGAGGUCCGCAUCUCCCCCUCCGAAGCUCAAGCAGGGCAAGCAGCGCGCGCCGCUGCAUCUCGAUCUCAAUCACCUAGAUCUCAACGCAGAUCGCCCAGGUGUCGAACCCUCGUCCAUCGAGGGCAAGACCCUCGUGAACAUACGCCGCUCCCCCAAUCAUCCCUGCCUCACACUCUACUUCGACGAUGAGUCGAGCUAUCAGGUGCUUGUAGACGGAUACCAGGCUAAUGGCCAGGGCACGCACAAGUUCCUCGAGCUCAACGCGCAUCUCGAAGCCCUCAUCGCCGAUACCGCCGCCCACCUCCCCGCCCCCAUCGAGCGCUGCGCGUACUCCCAGCUCGUCGACGUCGCAUUCUGCAUCGACGAAGCGAAGUGCGCCAGCGCAGCGACCACUCUCGGCCGCCGCCCGUCUAUCUCCACCGCGCCCCGCCAGACAUGGGACCAGAAACACACCGCGCUAGCCUUCAAGCUGGGCGGCCGCCUGCAUAUCGUCUCCGCGCAGAUGGAGGAGCGCGUCGCGGAGAAGACGCCCUAUCGCGAAGAUAAGGACUUCGACCCGACCGUCGUCGCGUACGUCGAGAACCAGUGCACGUUCCGCAACUACUGCGACGUCUACCUCAAGGCCGUGUCCCAUACGCAAACGCGGUCUCUGGGCAGAGCUCGCGGUGGUCGUCUUGCUACCCGCAAUAACUUCGCUUCGGGGUCGAAGGGUGGAUCGCUGUCUUGCUCGCCUAAGAAGGAGAGCGCGCUCUCCUUCGCCUCGCCGACGAAGCGCGUAUUCCCGAUGGCCCCGCCUGCCGAGCCUGUCACGCCCAAGAAGCGCGAGGAUGGUCCCUCAAGGAGUAACUCCGUCAAAGGCAGCAGCAAGAAGCGCAAGGGCGGCCAUAAACGCACCUCGUCGCAAUCCAGCGACUCGCAUUGGGAGAAGAAGGCCCGGCGCAACUCCCAAAUCUUCUGA